CUGCUCUUUGGUUGUUGGUCCUCUCUGUUCGUUUUACGGCGUAUCAAGACAACUUUCUCGUCAAAAAUUUUAAACUCCACUCAAGAAAAGUUUCUGUCUGUCGUCAUGGACCUGAUGGAUACGGACUGGGAGGUUUUAACUCAGGAGGAAAUCAAAGGAUACGUCGAAGAGCAUGGGCUUUUUCGAAUUAAGGAAUACUUCAAGACGAAACUGGAAAGAUGGCAGGAGGUAGAGGUGAACAUUGCCAUAACCGGAGACUCGGGGGUUGGAAAAUCAAGCUUUAUCAACGCAAUACGAGAGUGAGUACAUCAUAGUAUGUAGAUGUACCGUAUGUGCCACGUUAAGCAUCGAAGCGGAACUGAUCCGCGAAAAGACUGAAAGAGGCGAAAGCGGAAAACUACAUCUAUAUGAUUCUAUGCGAGAAAACAAAAUCAGGAAAGGCAACAAAAACUGGCCCGGGUCCUCCAUUUCAGAGAUAAGGUUUCAGCGUUUCGUUUUCUAGUUUACAUUGCGUAAUUUUCGAAUUUUGAGCGCAUUUUGCUUCCAAGUCUGGGUAAUUCGCUUCAAUCCGUGUUUACAAGUGCUUCGUUGGUUGUCUUUACACUAGGCUGUUAAGUAAGACUUAAGAGCUGCUAGGUGUUACUUAACCAGAAAUGCGUGUGUGAAGGCUUAAGUAAAAUCUCAAGCAACUUCACUUCGUAUCUCAUUAAAGUCGGAAAGUUGAAACGAUUCAAGAAAGUUUCAAUUGACUUGAAAACCAUCCCUAAAACCGACUUGAAGCGAACUUGCGGUUUCUUAAGCUUUGAGAAAGGCGAAGCAUGUCAAUAAAUCUUAAUUAUGUUGCGUGGGAAAACGAGUAGUCUUAAGUAAACCUGUCAGUGAAGUAAACAAGAUAGUUGUGUAUGAAGCUUUUUUUGACUUUAAGAAUUUAAAAUUUAUUUGUAUUGAAAUAUUUCUUAGCUUAUUUAGGCUCUAGUGUAAAGACUGCCAUUGCCUCAUCCUUUCGGCAUCAGAUCUCCGGGCCAUUUGUAAAUCGAAAUUUUGCCUGCGAGGUAAAAACUGUUCUCCGACCUUUCUUUUAAAUAACAUAAUAUGCGGAAACAGUGGCAAUGAUGUAGUAUUCCAAAAAAAUAUGAUUUAUUCCAACGGUUAUGUUCCUAGAAGUAUCAAUGCUUGAAAAUUUCCCGGAAAGUCAGCAGAUCUCUCCAUUGUACCUUCCGAUAGACCUUCCUCUGGAAUUAGAAUACAUUCUGAAUUAUCCACUUAUAGCCUUCAACGAAAAAAUUUUUUUCUGUUUUUACAAUGGUGACUGGUUAGUUUGUUUAUUGAGCACAUUUAGGCCCGGGUUAGACCCCAAACCUAAUAAUAACAUUGAAUUAAGUUCAUGAAAAGUUCGGCGUCUGAAUCAGUUAGGAACGUCUGUUUCAACUUGGAACGGCUCAGCCGUUCCUUUCGUCUAGCCCGGCCGGGAAUUUCGCCUUUGGAGCAACUUUGGAACGGCUUUGAUUCAGACUCCGAACUUUUCAUGUACCGAACCUAAUGCGUAAAUUAUUAUACCGUAUUUUGUAAGCAGUUUGACCGAAAUGAGCACUUUCCGCCCGUUGAACUUAGUUCGGCUGAAAUUAAUAAGAUCGGCGUCUGAAUCAAUUCAGCCGGUCGAAAUAAUUUGGGGUGGCCUUAAUUCGAAUUAGGUUCGGCUCAUGAAACAGGGGCACCCAACGAGAAUACAGUUCAAAACCACUUAACAUAGCAUUGUUGAACGUAUUUUAGUAUUUAAACGGUAGAUAUAGGCAUAUUUUUAUCCCCUAAAAGCUUUUCAUCUGUUCGGAUUUCCUAGCUGAAAGUCUAGUGAACCGAAAAUUAUAGGAAUCAAAACUUACCUUUUCGAAAAUUUCAGCCAGGAAACGGGUUCCCGAAAAUUCUAGGUGGCCGUUUUUAGGGUAAAAAUCCGUUAAAAAUGGGUAAUUAUACCAAUUCGAAAAUCCUAGGAGAGGCAGGCAAGCAAGAAAUUUUACAACAAAUGUUCCGAAAAUUCUAGAUCUCAAAUCGUCUCCCGAACAGAUAUUUUCCGAAAAUUACCUUUGGGUGCCCCUGAUGAAAGGUUCGGCGUCUGAACCGGGCCUUAGGAUACGAAAAUGGUGUCAACAAACACAUUGUUUGCUAUGGAAUAUUACAGACAGGCACGUAUAGCGUGCACGAGCAAUUUUGAAUGCUUCAGUGCAGCUGUAACAGGAAUCUUUCCUUUUCAUCCUAGUUUGCUGUUUUACUUGAAAGUGUCCAGAAAUUGAGUAUUUCUGUACAUGAAAAUGAUGAAAAAAAAGAACCAAGCAAACAAAUAAAAUAACGGCUGAAAACGCAAAAAUUACGCAUAGUCGAUACAAAAGGCGAGGGCUCUACAGUUUUCUGACUGAAGUCAGUAACGAACCUGUCGUGAUAUAAGAUUAUUUCAAAAUUAAUUAUUGACAUUUUUGUAAAGCUGUGGUUUUGAAUACGCUGAUACCUCAAAUCAAACGUUUUCGAUACCAACUAGUUAUUCAAAGUUCCAUCAUUUUUCAUUUAGGAUACCAAGAAUCAUCGAAGUCAGUUAUGAAUAUUUUCUGCUUCAAAAACGCGAUUCAAAAAUCUAACACACCGUUAACACGCUAAUGAAACGACUUGAGCCACCUUAAUCUAACUGCCCCACAGUAAGAAAGGAGACAUAUCUAGGUUCUAAAGCAGUUGAUAAACUAAAUACUUUCCAGUUAUUUUAAUGACUGUAUAACAAGCACUAUAUAGUUAUGCACGCAACUUAUAUAGGAAAGUGUUGGAUCUUUCGCCUUUCGCGGUUCGUGCGUGAGAGAAUGUAAGAUGUUUGCGAGAUUCAUUAGGUCAGUAAUCUUAACAAGAACACAAUAAAGUAUAAUUCCGGCUUGAAAUCAAUAGCUGAGUAUCCCGCGUAUCUUGCAAACAUAGAAAAUGUUCAUGUUGGAUUUUAUUAGGGAGGUGGAAAAUAAGUCAUUGAUUUUAAAAAAGACGGUUUCCUUUUUUGGGAAUGAGUUACAGGUCGUAAAUUUUCUAUUGUAGAAGCCAUACUAAAAUGUAAAAUCUUAAACAACCGUAUCACCGUAAUCCGUAUCACUGUAAUCGAGAACGGCAAAAAAGCAAUAGGUCUAAAAAAAAUUGGUAAAACAACAACUUUUGCACGUGCAUCACGCUUGUUUCUGCCUUUGUUGCACGACGACCUAAAACUUCCUGGUGUCACUUCUACGGCCGCAGAGGUGAACUCGCGACAACAAUUUUCCGUUUCUUUUUCUGAACUCAGAAUCAGUCCUUCCGAAUUAACUCCAAAGAAAAUCCCAAACAUUUGACAAAUUGAAUGGAAUGGAAUAAGAAUAAUGAAAUUUGAAACCGCGCCAAUUCACUUUUAAAGUGACGUUUCGCUGCCGUUGCCGAUGUAGUUUGUUAAGUUCCCUAUUAAUUGUGACUGACCGGUUAUCGACGAAACUAGCCUAGUUUUCAAAACAGUCAAACAAGCAAACCGAGGCGUAGAAAACACUGUCACCUUACGGCUUGUAAGAGGGAGUUUACCAACUUACUUUCCUGGCUGAAAUUUUCGAAAAGGUAAGUUUUGAUCCCUAUAAUUUUCGGAUCAGUAGACUUUCAGCUAGGAAAUCCGAACAGAUGAAAUAUUUUUUAGGGGAAAAAAAUGCCUAUAUCUACAGUUUAAAUACUAAAAUACGUUCAACUAUGCUAUGUUUAAAUGGUUUUGAACUAUAUUCUCGUUGGGUGCCCCUGUUUCUCUACAGGAAGCUCCCCGUGUUGCUUUUCCUUCCAACCAAGAGAACUCGAUCUUCACAUAGUUCAACUUCGUAUUUGGCCAAUCUCAGUUUAAGUGCUGAAAUUUGAAUCUUCGGCAUUUAAGAAAUAUCUAACUGUCAAUUGCUUUUUUUCGGUAGACUUGAUGAUGAUGAUCAAGGGGCAGCUGAAGUUGGCAUCACGGAGACCACAAGAGAGCCGAAAGCAUACGAUCACCCAACCAAUCCUAAAAUUAAGUUUUAUGAUUUACCGGGAAUAGGGACUCCCAACUACCCCGACAUGGCGACGUACUGCAAGAAGGUGGAGUUGGAGAAGUUUCAUGCGUUUCUUAUCUUGACAGCCGGCCGAUUCACCGAGCACGAUUUGGAACUGGCCAAGAAAAUAAGAUCAAGUAAAAAGAAAUUUUUCCUCAUUCGCACAAAAAUUGACGAAAAUGUCCGAGCAGAGAAGCGAAAGAAGUCGUUCAAUGAAGGGGCCAUGCUACAGAAGAUUCGAAGCGACUGUUCCGAAAACCUGGGUGACCUGCUGAGCGAUGUGCGAGAUAUAUUCUUGAUUAGCAAUCACGAUCGUGACAAGUGGGAUUUCGCCCGACUACUACAGGCCAUUCUGAAUGCAUUGCCAACAUACCAGAGAGAGACUCUGGUCUUGUCGCUCGGCAAUGCCGUAACAAAUGAUAUUUUUGAAAAAAAAGUUCAGGUUCUGAGGGGACGUAUUUGGACCGUAGCUUCACUAUCUGCUGCCGCUGCGUUGGUUCCGAUUCCGGGGUUAUCCAUUGCCGUGGAUAUCGGGUUGAUACUAAAAGAGUUCGCCUUCUAUAGAUCCCAACUUGGUCUUCCAGCGGUAGGAUCGGAUGAUUUUGUAAAGCUACAUUUAUCCACCCAAGAGCAAGUCCGUAAAAUCUGUAUAACAACGGCUGCGCAAGCGACCGCUUACUUAUCAACCUAUGCUGCAGAAACAGCCGUUGAGGAAGUUUUCCGUUUUAUCCCGAUUCUGGGUUCGGUGAUAGCCAGUACCAUGUCGUUCACCACCACGUAUACUGCACUUCAGGAGUGUUUGAAAACGGUGGAAGAAACAGCAUUGUUGGUUCUGAAGGAAGCUGCCAUAGAGGCAAACGAGGAACUCGAUUGAAUGUAUUCAGUACAUUUUUUACUGGGCCUAAUCUGAUAGAACAAAAGCCUGCAUCAACUUAAGUCGAUUACCUUAGACUUAAUGAAAUCAAUCUUAAUUGUUGUGAGUUAUCGUUUGUAAAAAAGAGAUAUUUGAUUAAUUUUGCAGAAUCGAAGACUGAAAAAUUCCUAGACUAAAUUAGAUUCAUCUCAGCUAAAGCUGGAGAAUCAUGUUUUUUGGAGCUGGGGUCCCCCCAACCUCUUUCCCAGGUUGUCUCUCCUAGAACCCUGGGAACGAGGUUGGGGUCCCCUUCCUUCAUGUAAAUAGGCCCUAACCUCAGAAUAGCAACCAGUGAAUCGCUUCUAAGAAUAAUGGGCACGAAAAAAAAAAAGAUAAAAAAAGGUUUGUAAAUGUUGCCGCCAAACAAAAUUCAAAAGAAAACAAAGAAUUCGAAUUUUUCAGUGGGUGUCUACGAAACCAAUUAUCGAGGAACUCAACCUGGGAGUAAACAUUGGCAAUAACCUUACAU